AUGAGCAACAUUGAAUACAUUAUAACAGCCGAGUUUCACAUAGAUAAAGGGCCGUCCUUAAUUCAUCAAUUUCCUCGUGAAAUUCCUGGAUUGCAAACGAAUUUGACUUUCUUACCGGAAAUAAUGAUACCAGACCAAAUACAUAAAAGAGAGGAAGAUUUUACGUUGUUUUUAUUGUUUAAGGACAGAAAUACAGGAGAAUUUCAAUAUAUCUACGACAAGAAGACAUGCGAGGACGCACCUUAUUAUUUGUAUACUCUAGUUAAUAGUGUGAAACAUGAUUCUUAUCAGAGAGGUUCCAGAGUGAAGUCAAUAUCAAUUAUAACUAAGCUUCCGUAUUUUAAGAAUUUUAAGCCGUUGUUAAUGCUUUGUUUGAAUAGUUAUUUCGAAGAGAACGAAGAAGAUCACUUGCAUAAUUUGUUUGAGGCCAUCAACGUCAAGAAUUUCAGUUUGGGAAAUUCAUUGUCUAACAUCAAAAAGCUUUUAAUUACUUCGAUCCUAGAUUUACCAAUAAACGAUAAGAUAUAUAAAGAUGAGAAGUUUAGGAUGAGUUUGUUGGAAUUAAGUAAAGCGAAUAAUUAUAAUUUUGACUUAUUCAUUAGGAAGGAUUUAAGUUUCAAUUCAAUCAUUAACUUUAAUAAUAUGAACAUUCCUAUUAAAAUACCAAUGAUAGAUUUGCCUGAUACUAUAGGAGACUAUUUAAAUCCUACCGACAUGAGCUUUAAGGCUGAUUUGAUAAAUCUUUUAAGCGCAAGGCUUGUGACUGAUUUGCACAAUAGUGAAUUAACGAUAUAUGGACAACAAACUCCCCCAAUUAUAAUAUUAAUUAAUGCAAUUUUGGUGGGAAAGAAAAUUGUUUUUUUAAGUUAUGACAAAUCUGCUGGAUAUAUCAUUGACAACAUCUUGUUAAUGUUAAAAAUAAUUACUGGUGGAGGAAUUUUAAGCGGGUUAUUAACCAACUAUAAUAUCUUCCCGAUUCUUGAUGUUUCGAAGAUAGAUUACCUUGAAAAAUGUGAUUCAUAUAUUGCGGGUACAAUUAAUCCAUUUUUCAAACACAACGAUAAACUAUGGGAUUUAUUAUACGACUUAGACUCAAAUGAGUUAUUCUUGUCGUCCAAUUCCUCGAGUCCUAUAAGCUCUGAACAAAAUAUGUUCAAAAAUUCUAUUAUUUCAGAGGAUGCAAAAUUCUUGUCUACGUUGCAGUUGUCGCUAUUUAAUUACAACGACGACUUGACUACCAUACAAAUGAUUUUUAGAAGGCACAUUAAUGAAAUUGUUCGUAUACUAUUAAGUCUGAGAAAUUUCAAUAGCGACUUGCUACCCCCGGACGAAGCACAUACGUUAUUGCUUGAGGGAGUUGGAUAUUUCUGGAAUAGUGAUUCCAACAAGCUACUUGAAAUGUCGUGCUACCAGUCGAUCUCUAAGAAAUUUCAGAACCAAUUGUACAGUGGGAAGAUUGUAUAUAACUUAUUGUUGCCGAAUUUGGCAAAUGAGAUGAACGUAAUGAUCGACUUGCAAUACCAUUUGCAAAGCUUGAAUAGCUCGUCUAAUAAGCUCAAUGAUUGGGACAUAUGGUACAGCAUAUUGAAGUAUUUGAUAAGCGGUAAGACUCUUGAGGUGUUCUUGCUAGCAACGUAUUUGAUUCCUCCUAAUUCGUCCGCAACUUUACAAACCAGCUCUGCCCACGGUAAUCCGACAGUGUUUGAAAAGAAUAAGGGUAUCGAGCUUCUAUUGCUCAACCUUUUCAACCAAGAUGACAAAAUUAAAUCCAUCAUCAUUAUGAUCUUACAGGAACUCCACGAAAACUUCCUCUGCGGAUGGUGUAUCGAAAGCUUCGUCAAGUCAAAUAUGAUGUAUGAAAUGGCUUUCAAAGAUUUAUUGGCUAUUCAUCAAUGA